GAGACCCGGGACAUCGACGCACAGGUCAGGGUCCUGGAGCAGCAGAUCGCCAUGCGCAGGCAGGUAAAGCUCGGCACGGAGAAGGAGGAGGAGGAGCUGGCGAGCCUCAAGGCGGAGGCAUGCAGAAGCGAUGGCGCGCCGCCCCACCGGGCUCGGCCGGUGUCAUCGGUGGCGCAGGACCCGGAGCCACGGGUGCAGGCACACAGCAGCGAUGGCGCGCCGCCCCACCGGGCUCGGCCAGUGUCAUCGGUGGCGCAGGACCCGGAGCCACGGGUGCAGGCGCGCAGCGGCGAUGAUUCUCCGCCCCACCGGGCUCGGCCAGUGUCAUCGGUGGCGCAGGACACGGAGCCACGGGUGCAGGCGCGCAGCGGCGAUGAUUCUCCGCCCCACCGGGCUCGGCCCGUGUCGGCGAUAGCAGCCCAGGGCCGGAGUUGUCUGUCUGGCCCUGGCUUUUGGGAGCCACUGCCAGUGUGCACGAAGUGCACGCUCGGACGGGUCGUCGCGGAAGAGGUGGCCGAGUCGAGCCCGAUCGAGAAGGUGGCGAUGCAGGUCCUCGCCAGGCAUGUCGUGCGGCUCGGGGGCUCUGGACCAGGCCUCGAGGGCGCGGUGCUGCGGGCGUACAGGAGGGCCCCGCUGGGCUGCGAACAGUGGCGGCGCUGGGACUUCCUCUCCCGUCCGAGCGGGCUGCGGGCGUACCUGGAGGAGAAGUGGCGCGUGGAGCAGGUGUAUGCCAGGUGUGGGCGUGCAAUGCGGAAGAGCGACGAGGAGGUACGAAGGGGGAUUCCGCUGGAGGCGCUGGUGCGGAAGACCCCUCGGAACCCUGAGGUGCCUGCGAUGGAGCUCCUUGAAAAAGGUAAGGCGCCGAAUGCUGAGCCUGGCGAAAAGAUUGAGCUGUCCAUCACGGACAUCAGAUUCGCGCAUGACUCUCAGAGGGAGCACUUCGGCCACCUCGCCAAAGCCAAGGCCAGCGCCGUGCAGCGCGGCGUGCUUCAGCUGGCCGUGGAGCUGCUGAUGGGUCUCACGGAUCCCCGGAAGGUGCCGAAGUUCAACGUGUGCAGGCACGACGACCUCUGGUACACCUUCACUGGCAACCGUCGACUGGCCGCCCUCCGCAUAGCGAGCCUCUUCGCGCCAGACCUCAUCCCGAAGCUGAGGCUGCGGGUGUGCGAGGCGAACGAGAUGUUCUUCUGCGGGCAGGGGCCCUUCCCGGCCCGUUACACCACUGGGCGGAACGGGCCCGAGUGCGCCGGCAGGUGGCUGAUCAUCAAGGAGACGGGCGAGGGCGUCGGCCGCGUCCUCGAGGGCGACUUCGGCGAGUACGGCUGCGACCUGCUGUCCCUGCUGCCCCUGCCCGAGAGGAGGCCCGAGCGCGUCGCCGAGGGCGCCGGCCCGGAGGCGGCGCCGCCCGAGCCUGCCGGCGAGCCGGGCGCCGGCGGCGAGCUCGCCGGCAGGCCGCGGGAGCGGCCGGAGCCGGAGGCCGCGGCCGCAGGCGCCGCGGCCGCCGGCGGCGGGGCGCCGCACCGGGACGACGAGUUCGACCCGAACCGCGACUGGCAGGAGGUGGCCCGGCGCCUGGAGGCGGCUCCCGGCGAGGGGGACGCCGCCGCCGGCGACGAGCGGCGCGGGGGCAGGCCGCCGCCGAAGCGAAGGACAGUGGAGGCCGUGGCCGCCAGCGCCGCGGCCUCCAGCGUGGCGCCGCGCCCAGAAGGCGAGGAGCCGGAGGACGACGACGAGUUCGACCCGAACCAGGACUCGCGCCGCCAACGCAUGGUGGCGGCCCGGCAGCAGCGCGGCCAGGGCGUCAAGUGAGACGAGGUCGCUUGCCCCGAGCGGCCCACGCGCACCCUCCCUGAACCUGCGGCUUGCUGCACGACGCCACCGAGCACGCCGACGCCGCCCAAGCAGGGAGGGGGCUCCGAGCAGCACCGGCAGGGGGCGCUCCGCUGGCAGCCGCCCAGCGCCGCCCCAGCGGCGCCGCAGCGCCGCUCGCCCCCGCAGAGCCACCGUCCCCGCGGCACCUCGGCGCCGCCCGCGCAGCGCCGCGCGUCCGCGCCGCGGCUGGUUGCCAAAGCGCAGCUCGGCCGUACAGCGAGGAGCACGGCCCGCGCCUCUGGCGACCCCCCCCUGCGCGCCGUGCCCGGGCGCGCCCCGGGCCAGGGCCGCCUCCCGGCGGCGCGCACCCCGGCGGCCGCCUCUGGCUUGGCAUCGCUCGGACGUGUG